AUGGACGAGGACACCACGAUGACAAACAGUGCAAAGGAUAUCGAUUUUGGAAAUGACAACAACAGCUCCUUUGUCGAAAGCAGCAACGUAGCCACCCCUAGUCAAACCCAUGUGCCUGAUGAAAUCCAUUCCAGAGCUAAACGUUUUCUUUCCUUUCCUGUGGGUUCUUCUUUUUCGAACGCUGUUUGUCUGACAACUGGUGUCAUUGGUAAUCCAGUAACCGAGUACAUCAGUAUGGGAUUGAAUUGGGGCAUAGCUUAUGACUUGCCAAAUACAACGUGGGUUUUGGAGCAUGCCAAAGGGUUCGGAUCCAAGGAUGACAGCGGUGUACAAAUAAAACGACGUCAUCGGCGUGAUCUGUAUGGCAAAUUGGAAACGAUAAUUAAUGGGCAUCUUUUGGUGGAAGACAAUAGCUGGAACGAAAAUUUGAACAUAUAUCCGUCUUUUUUGGUGAAAUCCAAAGAUCAGCGAAAUGAUUUCUUACCGACAACAAUGUUUUCGGCGGGAAUCAACAAGCAGGGCAACGACACUCCAAUGAUGACGUCGAAUGUGUCAUCAAUAUUGUCAUUACCUCCACGGAUAUCGUCCUCAUCAUCAUCACCAUCAUCAGCUGGAACAUCAUUACAGAAGCGUUUACUUUCUCGUUCGAAACGCUAUCUAUCAUUUCCAGAGGGAUCAUCAUUUUCUGUGGCCGUCUGUUUCACCGUUGGUAUUAUCGGUAAUCCUAGGUAUAAUUACAUGAGUUUCGGUCUCAAUUGGGGAGUAGCCUACGAUUUGCCCAACUCAUCUUGGAUUCUCAAUCACCUACACGGUUUCGCCAAACGGCCAAUACCCGUGGCUAUGUGGCAUCGUAGAUCUCGCAGAACUCUGUACAGCGAAAUUGAGAAAUUCGUAGAAAACAUGGGUUACAACGGCCGUGAUUGUGUUUUAAGGGCCCUGUGCGAGAGUCGCCUGUACUUUCAGAAUACGAAAAUGGGCAUGAUUGGAGAAAUGUUACGAACCAUAUUUAGCCUGCCACGCCAACGUGUCUACAGACGAGAAACUGACCAGAGCCCAGAUAUAAACGUAUACGACAGAGCGUACCGUCGACGACGUUCUACGGAUUCCGAUGACUGUUCUGCCCAAUACGACUGCCGAUUCUCCCUGCUGGAGUUGGCAUUUGGCAAAUAUUCCCGACCACCACCAGGGUACUAUGAGCAACACUGA